AUGAACGGUACGGAAGGUAGCGAUACGGUGGGGUCUUCUACGGAUGCAUUGAUUUCACCAGACUAUUUACACUCCACCGGGUCAUUGGUGCAUAAGGACUUCAAUGAACUCUUAAGGAAACAGGAUCUCACGGGAAAUCUUGUUGAAGUGCCGCGAGAGCAUCAAGCUAAGGGAAACACUCCAGAAGAGUUACUUAACGGAAUAUUUGAAAUAGCAGCGGAUGAUAUGGAAAACGCGAAUGUCCAGGAUAAUUACUCUGCAGAAAACUAUAAUAGUAUAUCAGAGAAUUUCGAUGAGUUACACGCCAAUAUAUAUGGUGGCAAUAUACACAUUCCUAUUCUCCAGCGACUAUAUAACAUGAUCCAAGUGUUCCUUCUGCGACAUGGUUUGACUCUGGAUUUUUUGACUAUUUUCCAACGUUAUGUGAAUCUACUAGGUGAAUCCAACGUUGAUGUACUACAGGACAAGUAUCUUUUAAAUUUACAAAAUGAAUUAAGCAAAGGGUAUGAUUUUUCCACCAUUUUACAAGACAUCAUCACAGCAUUUCUUCUGAAGCCGGAGAACGUCAUCAUGAAAUUGGCGUACUUUCAAUUCAAGACGGAAAGACUGUUACUGAAGAAAGUGUUUUCAAGCUGGCAAUUGAAAUGCUCUUUGAACUACAACCUUUCAGAGCUUGAAGAGAUAUGGAAUAAGUGCGUAAAGAAAAAAUUCUUUCAACGAUGGGUCCAAACAUCUGAUAUCAAAUGCCGGGAAUGGGUAAAAAACGGAGACGAAGUAUACAACCAGAGACUCAAGACAGGUUUUUUUGAUGCAUGGCUUGAUAGGAUCCAUCAAAUAGAUACAAAAUCGCAGAUUGCUGAUAACUUUUUCUUGGAUAAUACCUUUGCAAACAUAAAAGCGAAACACGAGAGGUUAACGCAAUGCUUCAACAGAACGAAAAAUGUCAAUCAAAAGCAUCUCCUUCAGAAAUCGUUCAAGUUGUGGAAGCUAAAAAUGUGUGAAGGUCAUUAUAAUCCAACGACAAUGAAACGAUACUUACUUUGCAAAGGCUUCACAGAAUGGAAAAAGAAGUAUGCACAUGAAAUAUACCUAAGAGAACUCGCGACUUUCUCAGAACGAAACUUUCAUCUAAGUCCGUUUUUGAAUAAAUGGAUCUCGCAAUAUCAAAAGAAAGAGGCAUACGAGCUGAAACUCAUAGAAAAAAGUAAUAUAUUCAUCAAACGAAGGUUUUUUGAAAUGAUUUUACUAGCAGAUAAAUUGGUUAAUGUCGAGUCGAAGGUACAAGAGUGCAACACUGAAUCUCUGCAACGAUAUGUUUUAUAUGUAUGGCAAAAACGCUUCGAAGAAAGAACUAAUAGUCAUGAUUACGUCGUUCAACAGAACACAAAGAUUGUGCGCUUUUACUUUUCUCAAUGGAAACUAAAAUCGGAAAGUUACGCAACAGCGAAUUCUCAUUACACCUCACUUUUGAAGAAAAAAUUCAUCCAUUCCAUCACAUUGAAAUGCAGAGCAGCCCAAUUCAACUCUUCAAUAAAAGAAGCCAAAUACUCGAAAGCUUUGAAACUUUGGCGUAAGAAAUUUGAGCUGAACGCCCUUGCUCAGGAAUUUGAUUCUUUAAUCCUUAAGAGAUAUUACAAUGUUGUUAAAAAUAAACAGCAUUCUCUGAAAGAUCUUGGGAAUCUUUCAGCUCGAUGUUAUGAUAAUGAUAUCAGUAAGAGGCAUUUUAUGGUUUGGAUUAAUCGUUAUAAACUAUUGCUUUCAUCACAAAGGAAAGCAGAAGUUUUCAUGAAGCUGCGCUUUAUUACCAUUAUCAAGCGUUCAAUUAACGAUACUCGUAUGAAAACUCGUUUGUCGAUUGAACUCUCUAAAGGUAACAGUAAAAUGCUCGUUGAAAAUUUGUGGAAAGUUUGGAAGACCCGGCUGGAAUCUAAAAGGCUACUUAAUCUUGAAAUGUUGCUGGACAAGUUUGAAGAUAGAAGAUCUUUACAAUUUAACCAAAAAUUCCUUUCAGCAUGGAUGAAACGCUCUCGCUUCUACACAGUUGAAUGUGCAUCUAUCGCAGAACAGAGCUCCGAUAUGAGUUCUCUGAAGAAUACUAUGCUCCAAUGGACAACGAAAUAUUCCAACAUAAAAUUAAUGCAUACAGAGGCUGCCGAAAUUCAUGACAGCAUAUCUGUUUCCAAUGCUUUUGAUUCUAUUCUUAGAAAGCUUGAGGCACUUCAAAUUCAGGACUCUAGGUUGUCCAUGUAUGUCGAAGAAAAGCAGGUUAAGUUGUUACUGAAAUGGACCAACAAGUGGAGCGUUAAGGUGUUAAAACUUAAGCGUAAUGAAGAAUCAGUUGCCAUGUUUAGAGUGAGAUGGAACAGAGCUAACCUUCGAGCUAUUAUGAGUUUAUGGAAGGAGAAAGCGUUUUCAAUCGUAAAUUAUUCGUCUGGUAACGAACUAGCUAGCUAUUCUCCCCAAAAUGAUGAGUUGACAUUUCAAACUCCCAUGAAAUCACCUAAUAAUGCUGCGGUAACGAUACCUGGCUCCACAAGAGUUAAAAGAAAUAAAAUGGAUAGAAUAAGGAAUAGGUUUAGUAGGGCCCGGGGAGCAAUACCAAGCCCAAUCAAGACAACAAAUGUGCUGGAUAGCACUGUAAAGGCGAGAUUAAGUGAUCAGCGAAACACAGCUGCAAAGGACACUACAGGCGCACAGGCUACAUAUCUAUUGAGUGUGAAUAAAAGGUUAGCGGGAAAAACAAGAAACAUCAGCUUCAACAAAAUUCCAGAAACAAGCCUUUUCGGAUUUCCAUCGCCUCAGCCAUUUGAAGGACCAGAUCCAGAUAAAUUAAAAGUUGAUCUCGACUUCUUGGAAGGCGAUUCUCUGCCCGAACGUGACGAUUCUCCAACUAGAAGAAGAUCCAGACCGAUUCAAUGA